AUGUUUCAUCCACGACAGCGAUUCAUAGCUAUAAUCUUACUUGCGUGGAUUAGCGCCCCGACCCAUGCAUGGCUUUUGCCUCCAGUGCCACAAAAGCACAUGAACCCAACAUUUUUCACACUAGUUUCACACCGAACAAGCAAUCAACAAAUCUCUUCUACAUCACUGUAUGGUUGGCUAGAUGGUUUAAACCCGGUCGAAUCGAAAAUUCCAGAAGACGUAAAAGAUGAAAUUUAUCGCGCAGAAGCUAACACCCCUGCUGCCAAGGAACGCGGACAGCGGGUUGCUUUUCUUGCCCUCUUGGCAUUUACUGGAAUCCUUUGCGCUUUCUUCAAUGGAUUCUUGACCGAAAUUAGGGCCGCUAGUCCUGAUGGAAGUCCUGGAGUGAACUUGGCCGAUUCGUCAUUUGCUUGGGUGGUGUCAAAUCCUGUGACCAGCUUCCUAUUCACCAAUGCCAUUGGUGGUGGACUUUCCUUGGUGUUGGGAGCUGGAGCUGGAUUGUUGGCGGAAGCAGAACUGGACUCUCAGCGCAUUAGCGCAGAGAAGAUCUACGAAGAGUUGGAACGCCGACGAAACGAAAAAGCAAAACCAUCGGCUGCCAACAAGAAGAAAAAGAAGAUGGAAAGGGCGGGGAAAAAGCGUCGCUCGGGAAAAGUACAGAAACGACUUGGUGCCCUAUCCGAAGUUGUGGCUAUGGAAAGCACAAUUGAAGGAGAGCAAGGAGCAGCUAUUUUGGAGUCAGAUUCGGCAUCUGAGUCAGAUCCAGCUACUGCUGUAGGCGAAAAGGAUGCUCCUGAAGAGGAACAGUCGAAUGAGAAUGGACUCUUGGGUGGAAUCAAAGAUUUCUACAAGAAGGCAGAUAGUAUUGCGGCAUCCCAAGCACUGCUGCUGAACAAGCAACUAGAAGAUGUAGGAGUCGUUGAUAAGAUUACAGAUGAGACUGGGCUGAAGGUGAUUGGAAAAGAGGCAGCCGACAAGCUUCAAAGAGAAAGGUCAGAGGAGGUUGUUGACAAAAGAA